UACCAACCCCCAUUAACAUUUCACUGCUUAAAAGAGCAAGAGCGAGCGCCAGAAAGAGAGAGAGAGAUUUGCCAAUUCCAUUCGUACAGACGAGAGAGAGAGAGAGAGAGAGAGAGAGAGAGAGAGAGAGAGAGAGGAGAGAGGAAGGGUGGAUUGGUUAAGGAGCACCAUUUCUACGACUGCCCCAAUCGCCGUCUUUGCAUUGCCAUAUAUAGAUUAUAUCUGAUGGAAGGGUUGAUCACUGCACGAAUUAACCCGGUUCGCCCUUACUGUAGAAGGCAUCAAUCUUAUUUUGUUUCAUCAUACACUCCACAAGUAGCGAAAAGAGUGAUAGCAACUCCAAUUGGGAUGAUGAAAAAACAUCCGAAACUAUUGCAUUCUGUUGCUGCUUCAGUUCAGCCCCUGGAAAACUCAGAAGCCGGUUGCCUUGAUAACACUCUACCAUCAAAAGACGUGCUUGAGGUGUGGCGAAAUGCAGAUGCUGUAUGCUUUGAUGUAGAUAGCACAGUCUGCCUGGACGAGGGCAUUGAUGAACUUGCUGAAUUUUGUGGUGCUGGAAAGGCUGUUGCGGAAUGGACUGCAAGGGCAAUGGGUGGUUCUGUUCCUUUUGAGGAGGCCUUGGCUGCCAGACUCUCUCUAUUUAAUCCUUCCCUCUCCCAGGUUCACGAAUUUCUUCAGAAGCAGCCCCCAAGGAUUUCUCCUGGCAUAGAUGAGUUGAUCAAGAAGCUGAAGGCUAAAAGUACCGCCGUGUAUCUGGUCUCUGGAGGCUUUCGUCAAAUGAUCAAUCCUGUUGCAUCAAUUCUUGGUAUUCCGCCAGAAAACAUUUUUGCCAAUCAGCUUCUGUUUGGGAACUCUGGGGAGUUUAGGGGGUUUGAUGCAAAUGAGCCUACUUCAAGGAGUGGAGGGAAAGCCACUGCAGUUGAACAGAUAAAGAAGAUUCGUGGAUACAAGUCAUUAGUCAUGGUUGGGGAUGGUGCAACUGAUCUUGAGGCUCGUAAACCAGGUGGUGCUGACCUGUUUAUCUGCUAUGCUGGUGUUCAACUCCGAGAUUCUGUUGCAGCAAAAGCUGAUUGGCUGGUUUUUAGAUUUACUGAUCUGAUAAAUUCAUUGCAGUAGUAUGAAUUUGGUUCAUCUAUGCCUUUAUCUUAUAUUGUUGCUGUUUUGGUUGCUGCUCGCGGCAACUUCAUUUUAUAGUUGUUCCGCUCUUAUUCUGAUAUUGUGUUAGUGGAAUGUGUUGAAAACUCAUCAAAAUCUAAUACAGAAAUUGAGCUUUAUUUGUUGCU